AUGGAGAAGGGCCUGAGUGUGCUGAUGGACGGCAGGGUGGCAGUGAGACAGCACUGUGCCCUUGUGACCAAGAAGGCCAACAAUAUCCUGAGGUGGAGCGAUACCGAGUCGAGCACCGAGCGAAAAACAGCAGAUAACGACACACGCGCGGCCGAGCGAGAGCCGAGGCGGGAACGCGUUUCCUGCGCUCCGUCCCUCCGCCCCAGCGCCGCUCCAGCAGCGCCCGGAGCCGGCGCGGCCAUCGCCGGUCGGGGCGGCGCGCAGCCAUCCCCGACGCUCCGAGCCCCCCGCGGGGCCGGGCAGAAAGUUGCGGAGAAAGUUUGCGCGAAGGGGCCGAGGUCCCCACCCGGGGGGAAAAGGAGCAGGAGGAGGGAGCCGGGCGCUCCGGUGCGUGCGAGGAGCCGGAGCCUGGCGGCGGGAGGAGGAGACUCCCCGCCCCUACGGCCGGGCUCUCCGGCGGGCACCUCCGGCCCCUCCUCCGCCGCGCUCCGCCUCGCCCCGCUGCCCGCGGGCGCCCGGGUGAGGCGCGGCGAAGCUCCCCGCCCGAUCAGAGGCCGCGGGGAGGAGCCGGGCGGACCCCUCCUCGGCGGCGCCGCGCACCGAGCCAACAUGGUGGCGGCCGCGGCCGCGAGGGGCAGCCCACGAUCGGGGCCUUUCGGGGAGAUUUGCCAGAGCCCGGCUGCCUUCCCCCUGCUUGACGCCUUUCAGGACAAGGAAGGAGGAGCUGCACUCAUCUGCUGUAGCAUGUGUGGAAUACAGCGUGAGGUGCUGCUGCUGUGCUUUGCUGCUACCAGGAAAAUCAAGGAAGGACAUCAACUAUAUUGAGCGUAAUGACUAAUAGUGCUGUUCACUAAUCAACGCUGGAAGAUGGGGAAAGAUUCCUUCUGGAGCACAGCUUUUGCUCAGUUGCAAAGUCUCCUUUGAUUACCUUGUUCUCUGAGGAUGAGCAACGUGGAGUUAAUUAUUUUUAGUUUAAUUCAAGGUUAUUAAUCAUCUUCAAGCUAACAACAACUACAGAAAAUCACCAAUGCUUCCUGUCUUUCACCAUAGAUUUUCUGGUUUGGAUGUAUAGUUUUCUUUGCCAUUGUAAAUGAUGCUUCUUUCUACCCAGACUGGUGGAGGCCACACUCACUCAGAGACAACCAUUUUGGAGGGUGAAAUGGAAUUCAUUUUUACUGAAAUCACUCUUAAAGAAGCUGAAUGUUGUACUUCUCGAAAUCCUUGGCAGAACCCAUCAGUGGAUAUUUACCUUACAGAUUAAUGGCACUGAGUGUUUGGAGGCAAGAGGAGGUGAAACCCCUGAGUAGCAAACCCACACUGUUGUCAAAAAUGUGGAGUUCUCUGAUGUCACUGAAGUCACCAGGAGUGUUGCCUUUGACGUCAGUGGGAUCAGGUAUUUAUUUUAGAGCCAUUCUGCCUUUUAGCUAUGUGCUCCCAAGAAGGCACUGAACUUGCUCUGUUUCAUGCUGUCCUGGGUAAAAUAAAUAGAUUAGGUAUAUAAAUGCGUGCCUUUUAAGAGCAUUGUGAAAUUAGCAGUAAUGCUUUUGGAUGAAAGUUGCAACAUAAUUGUAGAAUACUUUAUAAUGAUGAAGAACCGAUAGAAUUCGUGUGUGCACGUCAUCAGCAAAUUGCAGAUUGCCUUUUCUCCAAACUCUGUGAUGUGGGGAUAUUUUUCCCUUUCAUAAACAGAACUUAAAACCCAUAUUCCUAUAUUUACCUUGUAUUUCAAGCUUUCGGGGUAAUAUGAAAACAUUCUACACUGAGAAUAUGAAGAAAGAAAUGGAAGAUACGGAAGUGAGCAGUACAGAAAAAGCAGUCCCUAGUCCAGCACAGAGCUGGCAGAACUGAUCUGAGGAGUUACAAUCAGUAGAUAUAUUCAGAACAGAGUUACUUUCUUCCCAUAGAUGAGAAAUUUGAAUAAAUCAUGUUAUUGACAACAGUUU